GACAGAGGGAGAGACCCGGUUCGUCAGGAUGGGGACCCUGCAAUGGGCUUUGGCUCUGCUCAUACUCAUAUGUGGCUUUGUACAGGAUUCUACUGUCAUCUUGAACUUCGCUCAAUCAUCCACAACCAGCAGCUCCAAUGGCACAGUAACUGAUACACCACCAUUUGAUAACACCACCAGUGACUUCAAUGGAACAGUAACUACUGAUACACCACCUCCUGAUAACAGCACCAAUGACUUCAAUGGAACAGUAACUACUGAUACACCACCUCCUGAUAACAGCACCAAUGACGUCAAUGGCACAGUAACUACUGAUACACCACCUCCUGAUAACACCACCAAUGACGUCAAUGGCACAGUAACUACUGAUACACCACCUCCUGAUAACACCACCAAUGACGUCAAUGGCACAGUAACUACUGAUACACCACCUUUUGACAACACCACCAAUGACGUCAAUGGCACAGUAACUACUGAUACACCACCUCCUGACAACACCACCAAUGACGUCAAUGGCACAGUAACUACUGAUACACCAUCUUUUGACAACACCACCAAUGACUUCAAUGGCACAGUAACUACUGAUACACCAUCUUUUGACAACACCACCAAUGACGUCAAUGGCACAGUAACUACUGAUACACCAUCUUUUGACAACACCACCAAUGACUUCAAUGGCACAGUAACUACUGAUACACCAUCUUUUGACAACACCACCAAUGACUUCAAUGGCACAGUAACUACUGAUACACCAUCUUUUGACAACACCACCAAUGACUUCAAUGGCACAGUAACUACUGAUACACCACCUUCUGAUAACACCACCAAUGACGUCAAUGGCACAGUAACUACUGAUACACCACCUUUUGACAACACCACCAAUGACUUCAAUGGAACAGUAACUACUGAUACACCAUCUUUUGACAACACCACCAAUGACUUCAAUGGCACAGUAACUACUGAUACACCACCUUUUGACAACACCACCAGCAUUUCCUCUAGUACUACAAGUACAAAUAAAGGUCACUGUGUAAAUGGGCAUCUCAUUGGCUCGCUGUGCGUGUGUGAUGAGAAUUUCCAUGGCAGCCGGUGCGAGUCAAUUUCCAAUGAUAUAAGACCAGGUGGGGGUCCAUUCAUUGCUAAAGCCAAAGUCACCGUUGUGGUGUCCAACAUGGAAUACUCAGCCAAUCUAACUGAUAAGGAGUCCGACCAAUACAGAGCGUUUGAAGAUAGAUUUCAGCGUGAGAUGGGAAAGUUGUACCAGUCAAUCGCAGACUAUGUUGGCGUCAGGAUCACCUCGAUCAAACCAGGAAGUGUGGUGGUGGAACAUGAAGUGCUGCUAACUGUCGAUUUAAUAAGUGGCCACGAGCAAUACAAUAAUUCAGUCAGAGAACUUAAAGAGACUCUCAUUGGGAAGGACUCCACCUCUAAUGCUCCAGGUUUCUUGGAGUUCAAUGCAAGCAGAACAGAGAUCCAAGACAGAGCCCUGGAUGUUACAGGUCUGUGCUCAGAGUUCAUCCCUGAAGAGAUGCGCCAAUAUUUCUAUGGUGUCAAUGAAUCCAAUAGUCUCCUCUGUGCCAGCAACUGCAGCGCUCAGAACCCCGAGUUCUUCGACUGUAACGCGGGUCAGUGCUCAGUCAGUACCGCAGGACCCCACUGCUACUGCCAGACGUCGGGGCAGUUCUGGUACACAGGGGAGCGGUGUGGGACCUCGGUUAGUAAAGCAGGCGUCAUUGCUGGAGUGACAGUCGGACUUAUCGCUUUGGCCAUUAUAAUUAUCACUCUGGCAAUCAUCAUCUGUCGAUGUGGGAAAAACAAAGCCAAAGAAAGGUUGACUGAUAAUGAACAAUUGUGGUACGAGGGCUGGGAUGGCGAAAGGUUUAAUAAAGGCCAACUCAGGAACUCAGGAUCAGAAUCCAACAGCACCUCUGGGAUUCAGAACCCUGAAUAUUAUAACUUGGAUUUCAAGCCAGCACUGGACAAAGUGGACCCACACAUUAAGUCCUCAGUGGUAGCAGCCGCUUACCAACUCCCAAUCAGGCAGCAUGUUGCGCUUGCAUCUGGGUCCGAGGUCUGUCACAAAAUGGCCGACGCUCCGCGAAGUCUCGUCAACAAGCGUGACUUCCCGCGGGAUCUCACAGAAGCGCGCCAAAAUCCACAGCGAUUGAUUGACGGCUUCAACACCCAAUGGGUACUCUCGGGGGAACCUUCAAGCCCGAACCCACGGCCAAAUACAACAUAG